AGAAUACCAUUAUAACUGUGGUCCAUUAUAUGUCUUCUUCUGCAUAAAGCCAUACCUACUUCACUAACACCACUAUACUAAAUUUUUUCCAGAAUUGAACCCAUGGAAGAAUCAAAUUCUCUGCCACUUCUUUCUGUUAUUGUUUUUCUUCUUCUGCUUCAUGUCUCUUACUCUCUGGAAUCUCCAUCAAGAGAAUCCUUGUAUGUCACUUUUGUUCAAUGUCUUAAAAGCCACACAAACCCACAAGAUCAAGUUUCCAACAUAGUCUAUUCCCAAACCAAUGCAUCAUACAAUUCUGUUCUUAAAGCCUUUGUUCGAAAUUCCAAGUUCAGCACCCCCUCCACCCCAAAACCAUUACUCAUCAUCACCCCUCUGCAUGAAAACCAAGUCCAGGCCACUGUAAUUUGCGCCAAAAGCAUUGGUGUUCAGCUCAAAAUCAGGAGUGGAGGCCAUGACUUUGAAGGCAUUUCAUAUGUCUCACAGGUUUCCUUCAUCAUCCUUGACAUGUUCAAUUUUCAGGACAUCACUGUGGAUGUGCAAAAUGAGAUUGCAGUGAUUCAAUCUGGUGCUAGUCUUGGACAAGUUUAUUAUAGAAUUUGGGAGAAGAGUAAAGUUCAUGGCUUUCCUGCAGGGGUGUGUCCCACUGUUGGUGUUGGUGGACAUUUGAGUGGAGGAGGGUAUGGUAACAUGAUGAGAAAAUAUGGGUUAUCUGUUGAUAAUGUAGUUGAUGCCAAAAUUGUUGAUGUCAAAGGUAGGAUUCUUGAUAAAAAAGCAAUGGGGGAAGAUCUUUUCUGGGCUAUUAGAGGAGGUGGAGGAGCAAGUUUUGGAGUCAUUUUAUCAUACACUGUUAAGCUUGUUCCAGUGCCAGAAAAAGUUACAAUUUUUCAAAUUGACAAGAGUUUGGAGCAGAAUGCCACUGAUCUUGUUUUCCAAUGGCAGCAUGUUGCUCCAAACACAGAUGAAAGGCUUUUCAUGAGGCUGGCUUUGCAGCCUGUGAGAUCCAAUGUUGUGAAGGGGCAGAAAACUAUUAAAGUCUCAGUUUUGGCUUUGUUUCUUGGAGGGGCUGAAGAAAUUGUCACAAAGUUGCAAAAGGAGUUUCCUAUGCUUGGACUGAAGAAGGAAAAUUGCAAGGAAAUGAGAUGGAUUGAUUCUGUGUUCUGGUGGGCUAAUUUCAAUGAUGGGUCCUCAUUGGAAGCAUUGCUUGACAGGAACCAUUACACAACACAUUUCGGCAAGAAGAAAUCUGAUUAUGUGCAAAGUCCAAUUUCCAAAGAUGGGUUGAAUUGGAUAUUGAAGAAGAUGAUUGAGCUGGGAAAGGCUGAGCUUAUUUUCAAUCCUUAUGGAGGAAAAAUGAAUGAGAUUGCUUCUGAUGCUACACCUUUUCCUUAUAGGUCAGGGUUUCUGUACAAAAUUCAGUACAGUGUGAGUUGGCAGGAGCCAGGGGAUGCUGCAGAGAAGAAUUUUGUAGGUCAGGUUAGAAUGUUGUCCAGUUACAUGACCCCUUUUGUGUCCAAGAAUCCAAGGAGUUCCUACUUCAAUUAUAGGGACCUUGAUAUUGGUAUCAGUAGCCAUGGUAAGGAGAGUUACAGAGAUGGAGAGGUUUAUGGGAUCAAGUACUUCAACAGAAAUUUUGAAAGGUUGGUGAAGGUUAAGACUGCAGUUGACCCAGAAAACUUUUUCUGGAAUGAACAAAGCAUCCCAUCACUUCCAACCAAGGCAUAGGGAACCUAACCGAGAAAGUGUGCUGGAAACAAGGUUGUUAAUGACGGAUAGCGUAGCGUAGCGGCAAACCAAAAAAAUGGUAUUUCAAGUGGAGUAGCGGUGAACCCCAGGGUGCUAAGCUAUAGCGCUAUGGAACCGCUAUGGUGCGCUAUUAACAAGCCUGGGUGGAUAUAUGUCCGGUCGUUCGUGGGGGCUCGGCCUAGCCUAUAAAACAGGUUAGGUCAAAUUAGUAAAUAAAUAAGGUAAAGACUUUUGUACGAGUUUAUUAGGUUAGUACAUCCAGAACAGAAGAACAGGUAGUGGAUAAUGUUUUGGAUGCUCUAAUUGAUUAUGUUGAUAAUGUCCUUGAUAGGAAAUCAUUGGGGGAUGCCACUGAGAUUGCUGAGCAUGGAUUAAUGAAAUUGAUUUUUUUUAAUAGAAAA